AGCCAGCAUACUCAUCUCCACAACGAGCAGCAACAUGUCGACAGCAGCAAGAAAGGGCAAGGGACGGGCGCCGGCACCAGAGCCCAAGGUUGAGGCCGCCGUGCCAUUCGGCAAGCAGCUCGCGCAUACCGACAAGAAGGUCCGCGACGCGGCCAUCGCCAACCUCCGCGCGUUCCUCUCGCGCGGCGGCGACAACGGCGCCUCGUCGACGUACACGCGUCUCGAGGACGCCGAGAUGGCCAAGCUGUGGAAGGGCUUGUUCUACUGCUUCUGGAUGUCGGACAAGCCGCUCGUGCAGCAGGGCCUGGCGAGCGAGCUGUCCAACCUCCUGCUCGACAUCAGCCCGGCCGUCAAGGGCGGCAAGAAGGAGAAGGAGGCGGCCAAGCUCGAGGCGGCGAUCGCCUUCCUCGAGGGGUUCUGGACGUCGCUCGUGCGCGAGUGGAACGGCAUCGACCGGUUGAGGAUGGACAAAUACUACAUGCUUAUCCGUCGCUACGUCAACGCGACGUUCCGUCUCCUCGCGCGCGCAGGGUGGAGCGAAGCCGCCGUCAGCGCCGUCAACGACAUCAUGAGCGCCAAGUCGGGCCCCAUGAGCUGGCAGGACCGCGCCGUGCCCUCGUCGCUCGCGACGCACUUGGCCGACGUGUACCUUGAGGAGCUGGACAAGGUGCUCGCGGACGAGGACGUGGAGCCCGCGCCGCUGGUGGCGAUUCUCGCGCCACACAUCGCGCUGCUGGCGCGCACGACCACGCCGGCGGUGCACAAGCGCCUCCAGAGCGUGCUGUUUGACCGGGUGCUCGCUGCGCUCAAGGAGGACGAGGACGAGGACGAGCGGCCGGCAAAGCGCGCCAAGAAGGAGGCCGCGGCUACAACCUCUGAAUUCCCUCACAUUGCCGAGCGCAGCGCCCUCGCUGCUGGCGCCGACGCGGCCUCGCCCAAGGCCGUCCGCUCAGCACUGCUCAAGGCACUGUUCAAGGAGGCGGCGCAGGAGUCGGCGGUCGAGUCUAACCGCCGCAAGAUCUACGCCGUCGUCCGCGAGAACGAGGACGACGACGAUGAGUAGGAGAACGAGCUUGUACUUUAUCAUGC